AUGACCGAUGAUUCCGACACCAAGACCGAAGUAACGUCCAUCACGGAAGGCUCUGCAAUCAUGAGCUUUCCUGCCGAUCAAGAGUCUACUGUCUUUUACAAUCCUGUCCAGGUUCAGAAUAGGGAUUUGAGUAUUCUGAUGAUUAGUUUGUAUGCCGAGAGACGUGCCAUUCGUCGUGCCGUGAAGAAAAAACGAAAGGAGCUCAACAAGGAAGAGCUAUCCAAGGAGGAAAAAGAAAAGUUAUUGACAGAGUUUGAGAAUAGUAUCGAUAUUGAUGAGCUCUUGAAGACGAGAGCUGAGGAUGGUGUGACUAUCUUUGAAGCCUUGGCAGCAUCAGGUCUAAGAUCUGUUCGAUAUUGGAAUGAGAUUGCUGGAGUCAAGCAUGUCACGAUCAAUGAUCUCGAAGAAGCAGCUGUACAAAGAGCAAGGGGCAAUAUCGAAAACAAUAAGCUUGAGGAUAUUUUGUUGGAGAGUAACGCUGAACGCGAACACGGUAUUUGCAUCAACCAUGGGGAUGCUACCCACGAAAUGUACAUGGCGAGGCGGCCGAAUACGGCAUCUAUACUGACACCAACUCAAAAGAAACAACAACCAAUGUGGGACGUCAUUGAUCUGGACCCUUACGGCAGUGCGGCGCCGUUCUUGGAUGGGGCCGUCCAAGGUGUAGAAAGUGGCGGUCUCUUGUGUGUCACAUGCACCGACAUGGCUGCCCUUGGCGGAUCUCACCCGGAGACAGCCUACGGCCGAUAUGCGGGCCUUCCCAUUCAAUCCGCAAAGUACCUGCAGGAAAUGGCCCUGCGACUUCUACUUCACACGAUUUCAGUUUCUGCAGCCCGCUAUGGAAGGACCAUUCGGCCCGUCUUGAGUGUGGGCAUGGCAUUCUAUGUCCGAGUCUUUGUCGAAGUCUGCGAUGACAAGAAAGGUGUCACUGAUUUAUCAUUGAACAUUGGCCACGUCUAUCAAUCGACGAAAUGUUCCACUUUCGUCACUCUGCCACAUGGACAAAUGGGUGGCAAGAAAAAGAGUGUGUAUCAAUCGAUAAGGUUGGAUCCAGGUUCGUGUCCGCAGACUGGAGCUCCCUUCAAGGUGGGAGGUCCCAUUUGGCUUGGGAAACUCCACGACCAAAAUGUGAUAAAGACAGCUCUGGAAAGACUCUCGCACAAGAGUGGCUCCUCACCCAAAAUGGAAAUGAUUGCCACCCGGAAGCGGUUGAUUGGAUUGUUGACUUCAGUUUCCGAAGAGAUUGACACACCCUUGUAUCAUACCAUUCCAGAUUUGUGCCGCAGCCUUGGCGUCAACAGCCCACCAUUGAAGACCAUGAAGGCGGCAAUCAUCAACGCUGGUUUUCAAGUGAGUGGAUACCACAAGGAACCCCAAGCACUCAAGACGGAUGCACCCAACGGUGUUAUUUGGGAUAUCAUGAGAGCAUGGGCAAAGGAGAAUCCACCCAAGAAGCAACCGGUCGACGGUAGUCCAGCUCAGAUGAUUUUGGCCGAGGAAUCAACCAUUUCGGUCGAUUUUUCCGUUCCUCAGUCAAUGAAGGGAACGGAUAAGGUGGCAAGAUUUCCUCGAAACCCAGAGAAGCAUUGGGGACCGAAGCGUAGGGCGAAUAACGUGGUCAAGUCCGAAGAUGAACCGGCUGCCAAGAGAGCUGCCGUCGCAAAGGAUAACGAAGUAUAA